CCUGGCUGCUCUGUGAGCUCAGCGCCGGAAUCCGAGCGCGAUGAGAGUGCAAGUCAAGUCCCAGAAAUCCUGGAUUGAAGGAGUAUUCAACAAAAGGGAAUGUAACAAAAUCAUACCCGGUUCAAAGGACCCUCACAGAUGCACUUCAGGAUGCCAGGUCUGCCAAAAUUUAAUCAGGUGUUACUGUGGGCGAUUGAUUGGAGACCAUCAAGGACUAGAUUAUCCCUGGACCGUGUCAGCUGCCAGGGGUAACGAAAAUGAGCAAUGGUCAGUUGAAAAGCACACGACGAAAAGUCCUACAGAUACCUUUGGCACUAUUAAUUUCCAAGACGGAGAGCACACCUACCAUUCCAAGUAUAUUAGAACUUCUUACGAUACCAAGUUGGAUCAUCUGUUACAUUUAAUGUUGAAAGAGUGGAAUAUGGAGCUGCCAAAGCUGGUGAUCUCUGUCCAUGGGGGCAUCCAAAAUUUUAAGAUGCCCCCGAAACUUAAAGAAAUAUUCAGCCAAGGUUUGAUCAAAGCUGCGGAGACAACAGGAGCAUGGAUAAUAACAGAAGGCAUUAAUACUGGAGUGUCCAAGCACGUUGGUGAUGCCCUGAAAGCCCACUCCUCCCAGUCCUUGAGAAAAAUCUGGACAGUUGGAAUCCCUCCUUGGGGUGUCAUUGAGAACCAGAGAGAUCUCAUUGGAAAAGAUGUGGUGUGCCUGUACCAGACUCUGGGCAACCCCCUCAGCAAGCUCACCACACUCAACAGCAUGCAUUCCUACUUCAUCCUGUCUGACGAUGGGACGGUGGGCAAGUAUGGAAAUGAAAUGAAGCUCAGGAGGAACCUGGAAAAGUAUUUAUCUCUGCAGAAAAUACACAGCCGCACAAUACAAGGCGUGCCCGUGGUGGGUCUGGUGGUGGAAGGAGGUCCAAAUGUGAUCCUCUCGGUAUGGGAGACUGUCAAGGACAAAGACCCCGUGGUGGUGUGUGAGGGUACAGGCCGAGCUGCCGACCUCCUGGCCUUCACCCACAAGCACUUGGCGGAUGAAGGGACUCUACGACCUCAGGUGAAAGAAGAGAUCCUCUGCAUGAUUCAGAACACUUUCAACUUUAGUCUUAAACAGUCCAGGCACCUUUUUCAAAUUCUCAUGGAGUGCAUGGUGCACAGGGAUUCUAUAACCAUAUUUGAUGCAGAUUCCGAGGAGCAGCAAGAUCUUGACUUAGCCAUCUUAACAGCUCUGCUGAAGGGCACAGAUUUGUCAGCAUCAGAACAAUUAAAUCUGGCAAUGGCCUGGGACAGAAUUGACAUUGCCAAGAAACAGAUUCUAAUUUAUGGGCAACAUUGGAAGCCUGGCUCACUGGAACAAACAAUGCUAGAUGCUUUAGUGAUGGAUCGGGUUGAUUUUGUGAAACUCUUAAUAGAAUAUGGAGUGAACAUCCAUCGUUUUCUUACCAUUCCCAGGUUGGAAGAGCUCUAUAAUACAAAACAAGGACCUACUAAUAUGCUCUUGCAUCAUCUUGUCCAAGAUGUAAAACAGAAUACCCUUCUCUCAGGCUACAGAAUAACACUGAUUGACAUUGGAUUAGUAAUAGAAUACCUCAUUGGUGGAGCGUAUCGCAGCAGCUACACUAGAAAAAAUUUCAGAGCCUUCUACAACAACAUCUCCAGAAAACAUAAGAGAGUGACCAGCUUUGCUCAAAGCCUUUCCCAGCCCUCCCUUCACCUGAGAUGUUCCUCAGGAAAUAGAAAUGAAUCUGCAGAAAGCACAUUGCAUUACCAGUUCAUUAGAACUGUCCAGCCUUACAAAUUCAAGGAAAAGUCUGUAGUCUUUCAAAAAUCAAGGAAGAAGUCAAAAGAAGAAAAAAAUAUGCCGGAGGACCCUGAUUCUACUGGCUUUAUUUAUCCUUACAAUGAUCUUCUGGUUUGGGCUGUGCUAAUGAAAAGACAGAAGAUGGCCAUGUUUUUCUGGCAGCAUGGAGAGGAAGCCACAGUGAAGGCAGUGAUUGCCUGUAUACUCUACCGCGCAAUGGCUCAUGAAGCUAAGGAGAGCAACAUGGUGGACGAUGCCUCAGAAGAGUUGAAAAAUUACUCAAAACAGUUUGGCCAGCUUGCCCUGGAUGUGUUGGAGAAGGCAUUCAAGCAGAACGAGCGAAUGGCCAUGAAGCUGUUGACGUAUGAACUCAAGAACUGGAGCAAUUCUACCUGUUUGAAACUGGCCGUGUCUGGAGGCUUGCGGCCGUUCGUCUCACACACUUGUACCCAAAUGCUGCUGACCGACAUGUGGAUGGGGCGUCUGAAAAUGAGGAAAAACUCUUGGUUGAAGGUCAUCAUAAGUAUUCUUUUACCACCCAGCAUCUUGACAUUGGGAUUUAAAAGCAAAGCUGAGAUGUCACACGUUCCCCAGUCACAGGACUUCCAGUUUACAUGGUAUUAUGAUGACCAAAUUCCCGGCAGUACCAAAGAAAGUCCUCAUGUGAAAGACUGUGAUCUGGAAAGGGGCACUGAUGAGAAACUAGAUGAAAAUCAGCACUUUGAGUUAAAGAGAGGGCCCCAAAGCCUUCCAUGGACCAGGAAAGUCUAUGAGUUCUACAAUGCUCCAAUUGUCAAGUUUUGGUUUUAUACGAUGAUGUAUUUGGCUUUCCUCAUGCUGUUCACUUACACUGUGUUGGUGGAGAUGCAGCCCCAGCCCAGCAUGCAAGAGUGGCUUGUUAUCAUUUACAUCUUCACAAACGCCAUUGAGAAAGUCAGGGAGAUCUUUAUUUCAGAACCUGGGAAGUUUACUCAAAAGGUGAAGGUAUGGUUUAGUGAGUACUGGAACCUAAUGGAAACACUGGCUACUGGCCUGUUUUCAGUUGGUUUUGGACUUCGGUGGGGUGACCCUCCUUUUCAUACAGCGGGAAGAUUAAUCUACUGCAUAGACAUCAUAUUCUGGUUCUCACGGCUCCUGGACUUCUUUGCUGUGAAUCAACAUGCAGGUCCGUAUCUGACCAUGGUUGCAAAAAUGACAGCAAACAUGUUCUACAUUGUGAUCAUGAUGGCCAUCGUCCUCCUGAGCUUUGGAGUGGCACGCAAGGCCAUCCUGUCUCCAAAGGAGCCGCCGUCUUGGAGCCUAGCUCGAGAUAUUGUAUUUGAGCCAUACUGGAUGAUGUAUGGAGAAGUCUAUGCUGCAGAAAUAGAUGUUUGUGAAAGCCAGCCAUCUUGCCCUCCUGGAUCUUUCCUUACUCCGUUCCUCCAAGCUGUUUACCUCUUCGUGCAGUAUCUCAUCAUGGUGAACCUACUGAUUGCUUUCUUCAACAAUGUUUACUUAGAUAUGAAAUCCAUUUCAAAUAAACUGUGGAAAUACAAUCGCUAUCGCUACAUCAUGACCUACCACGAGAAACCAUGGCUGCCACCACCUUUUAUCCUGCUGAGUUAUAUUGGCCUCCUCGUUCGCCGCCUCUGCCAUCAUCGAGCACAAAAUGACCAAGAAGAGGGUGAUGUUGGAUUAAAACUCUAUCUGAGUAAGGAGGAUUUGAAAAAGCUUCAUGAUUUUGAAGAGCAGUGUGUGGAAAAAUACUUCCAUGAGAAGAUAGAAAGUCUGAAUUGUAGCUGUGAGGAACGAAUCCGAGUGACAACAGAAAGGGUUUCAGAAAUGUACUUCCAACUGAAAGAAAUGAAUGAAAAGGUAUCUUUUAUAAAGAACUCCUUACUGUCUUUGGACAGCCAGGUGGGACAUCUGCAGGACCUCUCUGCCCUGACUGUGGAUACUUUAAAGAUCCUUUCUGCUGUUGACACCUUGCAAGAGGAGGAGGCUCUCCUGGCCAACAGAAAGCAUUAUAUAUGCAGAAAACUUCCCCACAGUUGGAACAAUGUCAUCUGUGCAGAGGUUCUGGGAAGCAUGGGGAUCUCUGAGGAGAAGACAUACCAGUAUCAUAGCAUGCCCCCCUCUUUGCUGCGGAGCUUGGCUAGAGACCCAAGAGAGCAGAAGAGGCCACUUACUGAGAUUAAAGAUAGUCAGAGAGAGGCUCCAAAUGUAGGAGAUGAUCAGAAAGAGCAAGAAACACAAAUUGGUGUAGUUGCUUCUGGAGUGUCCCCUGACAGGCAGGUACACUCAAAGUAUGGCCAAUUUCUCCCAGUCCUUUCUUAUCCAAAGCAAGUUCCUUAUACUGCAGAAACUGCCUUGCCUUGCUCUGGACCAUCUGUGGAAGAAGGGGCAGAUGUGCUGGCAACUGAACAGCUCACCCACAGUGAGGUCCCUGUUCAUCUGACUUGGCAGACUCCAGUUGUCUCAGACCCGGCAUCAGCAGCUGAGCCCAAGAAGCAGUACAAACCAAUCACUCAGAUACCAGCGAAUGAAGACAAGGUGGAGCAAAUUCUACCCGCUUUGAGUUCCAGACCCACGACCAGGAGAGUGACCUCCCUUCCUUCUCAAGCCGAGAGCAUGCAUACUGGUGGUGGGUACGUGAACUGGGCGUUUUCAGAAGGUGAUGAAACUGGUGUGUUUAGCAUCAAGAAAAAAUGGCAAACCUGCCUACCCUCCACUUGUAACAGUGACUUCACCCACAGUGGACAAUGCCAGAGGGAGAUGCAGGCCAGAUCCCUCUCCCAUAACUCAACAAGAUCAGCCCAGAGUAGUGAUUGCUCAGAGGAGGGACCAUGGAUCCAGCCAAACACAUACUUCUGGAUCAAUCCACUCCACAGAACCAAGCCCUUCAUUAGGACUCAUAGUUUUAGAAUACAUAAAGAAGAGAAAUUGAUGAAGACCUGUAAGAUUAAAAAGCUUUCAAGAUCUUCAGAGAUAGGGCAGCCAGCGUGGGACAGAGCAAAAUUAAUAACCAAGGACAGGAAAUUGUCGAAGAAAAAGAAAACACAAAGACUACAGGUGCCAGUCAUCACAGUCAACACCUGCUCUCAAAGUGACCAAUUAAGUUCAGAGCCAGGAGAAAAUAACAUCUCAGGAGAAGAGGAAUGCAGCAAAAACUGGCUCACAGUGUCCAAAUUUAGUCAGAUAAAACCUUAUGUAUAUCAGAAAAUGAAAACUAAAGAAAUCAAAAGACAUGUUGCACAAAUCAAUGAUUAUCUGAAGCAUUCUCAAGAGGAUCUGAGCAAAAACUCUCUGUGGAAUUCCAGAAGCACUAACCUCAACAGGAACUUUCUGUUGAGCAGUUCAAAUGGAGUUGACAAAAUCUCAGCCUCCUUAAAAAGCCCCCAAGAGCCUCAGCAUCAUUAUUCAGCCAUCGAAAGGAACAAUUUAAUGAGGCUUUCUCAGACCAUACCAUUUACACCAAUCCAAGUAUUUGCGGGGGAAGAAGUGACUGUGUACAGGCUGGAGGAGAGCUCCCCCUUGAACCUUGACAAAAGCAUGUCCUCCUGGUCCCAGCGCGGGAGGGCAGCCAUGAUCCAGGUAUUGUCCCGGCAGGAGAUGGAUGGCGGCCUCCGCAAGGCCAUGAAAGUCAUCAGCACCUGGUCCGAGAACGACGUUCUCAAGCCAGGGCAGGUUUUCAUCAUGAAGUCCUUCCUUCCUGAGGUUGUGCAGACAUGGCAUAAAAUCUUCCGGGAGAGUACCGUGCUCCAUCUGUGUCUCAGGGAAAUUCAACAACAAAGAGCUGCUCAAAAACUGAUCUAUACCUUCAACCAAGUGAAACCACAAACAAUACCCUACACGCCAAGGUUCCUGGAAGUUUUCUUGAUCUACUGCCAUUCAGCCAACCAGUGGUUGACCAUUGAGAAGUAUAUGACCGGGGACUUCCGGAAGUACAACAACAACAACGGUGAUGAAAUCGUCCCCAGCAACACCUUGGAGGAGCUGAUGUUGGCUUUCUCUCACUGGACCUACGAGUACACCCGGGGAGAGUUGCUGGUUUUAGAUUUGCAAGGUGUUGGAGAAAAUUUGACAGAUCCAUCUGUUAUAAAACCUGAAGACAAACAAUCAAGAGGAAUGGUGUUUGGACCAGCCAACUUAGGGGAAGAUGCAAUUAGAAACUUCAUUGCAAAACAUUGCUGCAACUCCUGCUGCCGGAAGCUGAAACUCCCGGAUUUAAAAAGGAAUGACUAUACCCCUGGAAGGAUAAAUUCACCCUCUGGACUUGAGACAAAAUUGAAACCGGCUGAGGGCCCUUCAGCAAAGGAAAAGGGCAGUAAUCCCACAGAAUACCUCACAAGACUGUAAGAAGAUGAUGGUUGUUGUCCUCUGUCUCCAGAGCUCUGUGGUAACAGGGCAUUGAUGGCACCAGAGCCUCUAUCAGGAGGACCUUACACCUCCGGUCUCUGGGGAUAUACCUUCUGGGCCUCACACCUCCCCCUGCCAGAAGGCCUCAUUGGUGUAUGAUGAAUGGGUUCUCCUGGAUCGCGGCCUCUUUGCAGGGUACUUUGCAUAUGUUCUGAGUUCUCAUGUUCUGCUUGAAGACACUUGGACGUGUCAGCUGGGAAUAUUUGCUUCUCCAUACAGCUUUACUUUAGCUGGUCACUUGGAACCGUUGGACACUAAAGAACCAGCGAGAUGAAUUUAAUUUAUUUUCUCACUCUGCACAGACCCUACCCUCAAUGCUAUUCAUCACCUCACCCACAUACUGUAUUUAUGUACAUAUAUAGAUAUGUAUGUACAUAAAAAAGUUAUUUGACUUCUUUGUCUCUCCUUUCCAGUAGCGUAGGCCUUUGAAUAGCUACAACAGGGUGAAAAAAUGGAAUGAGGUGUAUUUGCAUAGACUAUAGCAUACUUCUAUACAAACUGACCAGUAAAAAGUUGGUUUCCUGAUGAAAUCUGGAUGGAUUUGAAGUACUGGCAGGGAAUCAUAUGAUGCAUGGGCAUUUCAUCUUUGAAAGAAAGGAAAAGGGAAAUCUAAAACACUUUGCAUCCAUCCAUCUAUCUUUCUUUCUUCCUCUCUCCCUGUCUUCCUUCUUUUUUUUUCUUUUAUUUUCCACAAGAGAAAAGGAUAUAUAAGACUGGAAAUUAUUGAGAAAUAUUUUCCCUUCCCUUAAGCUCAAAAGUACUAUCAGUUAGAGAGUUAAGUCGACCUCUAAAAUGCCACUCCCUUUUCUAAAGCUGUAUGUGUAAUAUUACAGGCUUAAUUAUUCUACAUCAGUUCCCAUGGGGAAAGAUGUGGUUUCUGACUGAAAACGUGUUUGGAAGGCAUUUGCUUCAUUCCAGUGAUGCUUCGUUGGCUUACGUAAAGCACUGUAUAUAUUUUCAAGUACAGCCUGAGAAUAUGUAAUCGGUUUCUGAGGCACGAACGGAAGGAUUCCUGGCAGCCACACUGUACAUUUAGGGCCGAGCUGCCCUACCUCAGAACAAGCCCGUAUUGCACACGGGGGAGUGAGGGAGGGCUGUGGAGUCCUGUCUCCUCGCCCUGCUCCUUUUCUUAUGAUGAAGUGCUCCAGUGUACCAGCAACAAACCUCUUGGGUUUGAAAAUUUUCACCUUAUCAUUAUCUUUAGCCCUUACAUUAGCUGACUUGCUACUAAGCCUGUUUUUUUUAAAAUCUACACUCCUGCAUUCUUGGUUAUACUUCAGGGAAAAUAUUGCCCAGCCAGAGGGGGAUGGAAAGAGAAGGAUUUAGUAUGCCAGUGAUUGUAUCAUACUCCUAUAAGUUUGCAUUGCACAAGGGCUAAUUUAAACCCUUUUUACUUUGCUUUUGGAGGUGGGGUGGGAGAAAAUUUGAGUGAUUUCUUGACUAGCAAUGAGGAUAAAAUGUUAAUGCUUUUUUAGGGGCUUAACUGCUUUAUCCUAUUCUGUGAAUCAAUAAGGAAUCUACUGGUACUCAAUUCAAGUGCUGUAUUCAACUAUGGAAAGAGGUAGAGUUUGCUUGUCCAGGGGCCAAACUAAAGGCAUUAAUUCAUUGGUCAAAUAUUUGUUACUUGGAAUGGAACUUGAAAGCAAAUACAGUUUGAUUUCAAAUUUCUCUGUUGUGCUUAUUAUUAUUAUUAUUUUAAGAAAAACCAACAGAAUAGAAUUUUAAAAAGAUAAACCACCGGAUUAUGGUCUCUGCGGGAUUGCUUACAUGCAGAUACCUUUGUAACAUUUUGACUUUGAGUAUUCAUGCAUACAAAGUAUGGAGAAUUCAUUCAUUCUUUCAUUGAAUUUUAUUCAACAUUAACUGCCCUUUCUAUACUACAUUAAUCAAGUGUAACUGGUGAACAUAGCUUUUCUUUGUCCUCAGAAAGUUUAGCCUCAUGUUUCUUUUUAUGUUUGUUUGUUUUUGAUCUAAGUUGGGAUUUCUAGUUAGUGCUAAAAAAAAAUUCAACUUCUGAACAAAUGCUGAAUCUAAGGGUAUAUCCCAUCACCCUUUCUGCCAGUGGGCAAAAAGUUUAGACCGGAUAAGAGAAGCCAAAUAAGAGGCCAUGGUUUUAGGAACCACCGAGGAGAAAUGGACUGCAGAAUUCUUAUAUGGUCACCAAGUCCAUAUCACAAAUGGGACUUGACUCUGGGAAUGAGAGAGGCAGUCAGGUUCCAGGAGCCAUUUCUCACAGGAGUUUCUUUCCACCAGGCAGUUUCUGAAGUGACUUUUGCCCCAUCUAUUGUAAAGUUUCUUAUGGC